AUGCCUUAUUUCAAGCACAACGACAACAUCUCCAUCUACUACCUCGACGAGGGUCCGCAAGAUGUACAGGCCGUACUUCUCAAUCCCGGCAUCAUUUGCGACCUCCACGAUUAUAACUGGCAGGUGCCUUUUCUUCUCACGCAUGGCUUCCGAGUGAUUACUCCAGAUCCCAGGGGGCAGGGACGUUCAUCUGCCCCCGCUCCUACUCCGGACAUCAAAUCAUACCCUGGACCAGACGCUGAUCCGUCCAUUAUCGACCACUAUCCUCAAUCCGCAGCCUUGGACUUCAUCGCCCUUCUGCAGCACCUCAAUGUCUCAUCCGUCGUCGUCAUUGCUCAUUCUCUUGGCACGGCCGUGGCGUACCACUUCGCCACCGUGAGGCCUGAUCUGACGCGUGCGAUGGUGAUACUUGACCCGCUUCACUCGAUCCCAAGUGAGACCGUGGAAAAGUAUCUCACCGACCCUCUGCAGACCUUGCAGAACCUCGCUAUGCUUUUUGGACCCGCCCUGUAUCCGCCAACGGUCCCUGCUUGGCACUUGACCUGGAUCGGCAGACGUCUCAUGGAAGGAGAUAUGAAUGUCAUUCUGGCCCAGUCAUAUGCAUGCCAGGUUGACCCACAAGUAAUUGGGAGGCGAGAGGUCUCUGCGGCUCAGCACGAUGGCAAGAUCAAGUGCCCGCGGUUGACGAUUGGAAAUAGCGAAUAUUGGGUCACGACGGAGCGCAGCUAUUUGUCUCCGAGCAGUGAGCUUGAUGAGAUACAUCUUGUCGAGGGGAUUGGUCAUUGGUUCCACCAACUGAAGAGUGAGGAUGUUAAUGGUUAUCUUCAGCGAUGGUUUGAAAAGAUUGGUCUGAUCCCGUUCAAGGGACAUGACGAAGCAGCUCGGGCCUAG